AUGGAGAUUCGAGUGAAGUGUGGAUGCGGAGAAGAAGAGUGUAGCGAGUGGACGAUCGUUGAAAUCCAAGGAGUCGUCGAGACUCAGUCUUCGUUCGAAGGAUCUAUUCAGAAUCUCGAGAUCGGUCGUCUCUGCCGCUCCGAUUCCUCCCAGGAAACGUACACGUUCACUGUGGGUUACCAUGAACUCACAGGCUCGAAGGUGACUCUGAAGAAGCCACUACUGGUUUUGAAGAAGGUUCAAAAGUGUACGGAUGAUUUGGUAGGGAAAGAAACUGAACUUGAAGCCAUUGGGAUUAUACGAACAAAGAUCUUGUUUAAGACCAGACCUAAGCCUCUCAUUUCCGGUACAUAUGCACUCUCUUAUGUUCUUGAUUGCUUUCUGAAACUUUGGUCUGAUAAGUCUGAAUUACUUCUUCUUUGUUUCAGGAACAAAUUAGGCUGCAAAAGAGUGAAACUCUCAAUGGCUUCUUAA